AUGGACCCAGGCACCGUGUUGGCAAUUGCAUCGCUCUCAUUCCAAGUCUUCGGCGGCUGCGUGAAAGGGUUUGUAUUGCUCUCCCGAGCACACAACCUCGGCAAAGAUGCAUCUCUUUUACAGACCAUGCUGAAUCUGGAGGAGUAUCGCUUCAUUCAGUGGGCGAGAGCCGUAGGGCUGAUCAGUGAUGAGGAGGAAGAGCAAGAGCAAGAGCAGACCACCAGUGCUGAGGAUACGGGCACUGGCACCCAGUCCACUACUGAUACUGCUACCAGCAGCACCGCUAACAAAGCCAAAGACGGGAGCGGGACCACUACCAUCGUCCGCGUCAGCCAGAAGUCUCCCCGAAAGACCAACACCACCACCCUCGACCCCAGGCUGAAUUAUGCCCUGGCUGCUGAACUCAUGGGCCAGCUGGAGCGCCUUCUUUCAACGGACCAGCUUCGAAAACGGUACAAACUUGAUCUGUCCGAACAGCCCCAACAACCCACGGGAAAACAAGUCGAUGAUGACAACCCCCUAUCCCCGGUAUAUAGUCCCAUCACGACUACAACCACAGCCACAACAACUUCUGCAACAGGAGCACCGACAGCGACAGCGACAAGUACAACCAAUAACCCAACCCCCCUGCAGAGACUCGUGUCAGACAAGCUCCGCAAGCGCAUCCUCGCCCGCGCCAAAUUGAUUCAAGACGACAAUCACCUCCCCAAACGACUAUGGUGGGCCGCAGUGGACAAGAAGAAAUUCGAAGACAUGGUCAAGGAUGUUCGGGUCUUGGUUGACGGCCUGUGGGCAUUACUCGACCCGAUCCAGCGGCGCGACUCGUCGUGGUUGCUGAACGAGGUUCUGGCCCGUAUGGUCCAAUUGAGCAAGGAUGUUGGGGAAUUGCGCGCAUUGCAGGGUAGCACGGGAGUUUCUGGCGAUGUUGCUGCCGCGGUAGAUUUGAAGAUGGCGCGGAUCGAGAUCAAUGACCCGGAUCCGGAGACCGAUAGGAUUUCAGGGAUAUCAGGGAUAUCACUUUUGUCGCAAACGCAAACGCAAACGCAAACGCAAACCAACCCUUACCGUCCUACUUACCAAGGUCAACAACAGCAAUAUCAAUAUCCUCCCCCACCACGAUACCUGUCAGGUAACACUAUGACCGCAACAAACUCGCCAAAGGCCGUAGUGGAAUCACAAUUGCCUCCCAUCAACAAAAGCCUACUGGAGAACGUGGUCCCUUCAACCGCAAACUCGAACGUCGCCACAGGAAUCUACGACAAGAACCCCGUCUGGCUCGAGUACAAACAAGUCCCGCAGAGGAUGAAAGGAAAGCUUCUUUCGCGAGUCAAGGGUCUGGCAUUUUUAUUGUCUCGAGUCAAACACCCGUCGUUCCACACGCUGCGAUGUCUAGGUUUCUUCGAGGACGGCGACCGCUUUGUCUUUGUAUACAGUUAUCCCCAAACAUCCAUCGGGGAUUCCAGCGACGCUGCACAAGUCAAGACCAGAUCACCACCCAAAUCCCUCAACGAAUUGAUCCGCGAGAACAAAACCCUCAAAUCACCCAGCGUAACCACGCGACUCGACAUCGCCUCGAAGCUCGCCAACACGCUAUUGAUUCUGCACACCGCAGGCUGGCUGCACAAGGACCUCCGGUCCGAAAACGUCGUCUUCUUCGACAACGACUGGUCGGUCCCGUAUGUGACGGGCUUCUCGUUCUCGCGACAAGACUCGCCCGCCGAGAUCUCAGAGCAGCCUUCGUCCGAGCCCCAGGCCGACAUCUACCGGCACCCGCAUGCCCUGGGCGAGCCGUCCACCUCGUUCCAAAAGCACAUGGACCUUUAUAGUCUCGGUCUGGUCUUGGUCGAACUGGCUGAAUGGAAGGCGUUGAAAUAUAUAGUCAAGGAUUGUGUGGAUGUCCGAAAGCAGCCUACAGCAACAUACAGUGUUUCGCUGAACGAUAUUGCACAAGUGCCGAAACACCUGAUCGAUCACGAGGUCAAAAAUGGACAAGUUCAUUAUCGUAUGGGUGAUACAUAUGCCAGGCAGGUUGGGGUUUGUUUGAAUCAUGGCUUGAGUCCGCUGGAUGCUGCUCCCGACACGCUUCAGGAUCUGCUGGAUAUGGUUCGAAGUUUGGAGAAUUGCCGAACAUGA